AUGGAGCCCACACAGAAUGUGACUGAAUUCAUCCUUUUGGGACUUUGCCACAAUGAGAAGUUAUGGCCAGUGUGUUUUGUGUUCUUUUUACUCCUCUAUAUCACUACUGUGCUGGGAAAUCUUCUCAUCAUUGUCACUGUAAAGAGCAGCCAAUAUCUGAAGUCUCCCAUGUAUUUCUUCCUCAGCUAUCUGUCCUUUGUAGACAUGUGCCUUUCCUCUGUAACAGCCCCAAAACUGAUUGCAGACUUCUUUGUGGAGAGGAAAACCAUCUCCUUUGAUGGCUGCAUAGCCCAGCUGUUUGUGGCCCAUUUCUUUGGGUGCACUGAAAUCUUCCUCCUCACAGUGAUGGCGUAUGAUCGUUACAUUGCGAUCUGCAAACCUCUCCAUUACACAACCAUCAUGACUGGAUGUGUUUGUGGCUCCCUUGUGAUGACUUCAUGGGUGGGCGGCUUUGUGCAUUCCAUGGUUCAGACUGUCCUGACCAUCCAGUUACCCUUCUGUGGUCCCAACGAGAUUGACAACUAUUUCUGUGUAAUUCGUAACGAUGUGCACCCUUUGCUGAAACUGGCCUGCACUGACACUUAUCUUGUUGGCAUCAUGAUACUUGCCAAUACGGGGUUGAUUUCCCUGACCUCUUUUCUUGUGCUGGUUGUGUCCUAUGUCAUCAUCUUAGUCUCCUUGAGAACUCGCUCCUCCGAAGGUCAUCGCAAAGCUAUUUCCACUUGUGCCUCCCAUAUUGCUGUAGUGAUUAUAUUUUUCGGGCCAUGUAUCUUCAUGUAUUUAAGACCUUCCACCACCUUCUCGGUGGAUAAGAUGGUCACGGUGUUCUACACCAUUGUCAUCCCCUUGCUGAAUCCCUUGAUCUACACCCUGCGCAAUAAGGAGGUGAAAAACUCCAUGAGAAAAUUAGGGAGCAGAAAAGUGACAUUAGGGGUGAAAGGGAAAAUGUGA